AUGGCAACACCGCACAAGUAUCUCACUUCGUUUACUCGAAGUACACUCUCGUCACUUUUUCAACCCGUCAGACCCAAUGCCUCCUCCGUUCUCCCGUUCCUGUACCCUGUUCAACAGCAAGCCAGAGAUUUGCGAACCUCUUCAAAGUCCAAAGGGAAGGAUGCAAGUGCAAGGGCAAAGAAGAAGAAAAGGACAUUCAGGCAAUAUGACAUGAAAGAUGCGGUCCAGUUUUCAUUAUGCGAUGCUAUGAGAUAUAUCCGUGCUUUUGAAGCAGGUCGAGAACCCACCACGGUCAAAUACGAAGUUCACCUAAAACUACGGACGAAAAAGGACGGACCCGUGAUUCGAAACCAAUUGCGCCUUCCGCACGCCGUCCAGACCGGCACUCGUGUCUGUGUGAUUGCGGCGCCGGGAUCGCGUGCUGCAAAGGAUGCUGCAGCCGCUGGUGCGGAUAUUGUUGGCGAGCAAGAUGUCUUUGAGCAGAUAAAAGCUGGCAACAUUGAGUUCGAGGCCUGCAUAUGCCAUUCAGCCAGCUUGCAGAACCUGAACAAGGCUGGGCUUGGUAGGGUCCUUGGUCCGAGGGGUUUGAUGCCUAGUACAAAAUUGGGAACUGUGGUGGACAACGUUGGUAUUGCUGUUAAGAAUAUGCGCGCGGGAAGUGUGUACAAGGAAAGAGCAGGCGUUAUUCGCAUACCCAUUGGUCAGUUGAGGUUUUCACCUGAAGAACUUAGGGCCAAUCUGCGGACAUUCAUCGGUCAAGUGAAGAAGGAUGCCGCCGCAUUAACUGACCAAGUGUCGAAGGAGGUUGGGGAGGUAGUAUUAAGCUCAACAAACGCUCCUGGAUUCAGCCUCAAUGGUGAUUGCAAAUCCGAAGAUUCCCCCCCCGCGUACGCACUUACGGGGCGAUGA